CUUAAAUCUUUAAUUCACAUAAAUUAUCUGAUGUCUGCCAUGUAAGAUUUGAAAGCGGAAGAGUAUAAAAACAAAAAAAAUCCUAGUAUGUGUAUGAGGGCGCUGUUUUACUCCAACGUUCAUGUGACGAACCGUUCGCCAUUUUGCUCGGUCAGUACAUCAUGGCGGAUGCUACUGCGAGAUCGUUGCAGUAUGAAUAUAAAGCGAACUCUAAUCUCGUCUUACAAGCGGAUAGAUCAUUGAUUGAUCGGCGCCCUCGCGAUGAAGCCACAGGUGAGGUUAUGUCCCUUACAGGACACAUUGAAGGAACAAGAAUGGGAGACAAGGCAAAGAGAACCAAGCCUGCCAUGAUUGAAGAAAAGAGAGUUAAGCGACAGAAAAGAGAUGAUGCUCGUCAUGAUAUGUUGAAAUUUAAAGGAGCAACAUUAUUAUCAGAAGGCAUAGAAGAUAUGGUCAGUAUUUAUUACAAACCUAAGACGCCACAGACUCGUAGUACAUAUGAAGCACUACUAAGUUUUAUACAGGCUGCUCUUGGAGAUCAGCCACGUGACAUAUUAUGCGGUGCCGCUGAUGAAGUUCUCGCAUCUUUGAAAAAUGAACAUACUAAAAUGAAAGAUAAAAAGAGAGAGCUAGAGUUGUUGUUAGGUCCGCUUGCGGAUGAAAGAUUUGCAUUGUUGGUGAACCUGGGAAAGAAAAUUACUGACUAUGGAGUAGAUAUUGAACAAAAAAAUAUUGAUGAAGCCGUUGAUCAGAAGAUUGGUGUCAACUUACAAUUUGAGGAAUCUGACAAUGAUGAUGAUGAAGAUGUGUUUGGUGAGGAGCAUGAAGAAGAGGAAGAAGAAGAAGAGGAGGGUGUAGAAGCUGGAUUUGAUGCAACAUUACAAGCCAAUUUGAUAGGUGGGGAUGACAGUUUUACCGAAAAGAAGAAGUCACUCCAUCCCCGAGAUAUUGAUGCAUUUUGGUUGCAGAGACAGUUGCGAAAAUUUUAUGAUGAUCCAAAUGUAUCACAAACAAAAGGUUGUGAGGUUUUAGACAUUCUAAAG